CCAGCUUCCCAAAGGUGCCAGGUGGCGAUCUGCAAAAAGCAUUGUCUGGCCCUCAGGGCCUGACAGUUAAUGAUUUGUCGCAGGAGCGGGGCGGAGGAGUACCGGGACUCGGGCGAGCGUACUAGCGAGCGCAGCAGGAGAGCAAGGCAGGGCGCGAGCCGAGUCCGCGCCGUCCUCACAGGCACCGCCUCCUGUCUUCCGGGCUCGAGCACUUCUCGGGGUUCCGGGCACGCGAGGCUCGUAGGGACCCCAUGGAGGCUGAGUCGCCAGCGAGCGCGGGGGCCAGCGAGCCCCGGGCGCUGGGUACGGUGGGCAGUAUCGGCAGCCAACUGAGCAGGAUCCGACGCAAACUCUUCACCUGGGAUAUUUUGAAGACCAUAGCUCUGGGCCAGAUGCUGUCCUUGUGUAUUUGUGGCACGGCCAUCACCAGCCAGUAUUUGGCAGAAAAGUACCAAGUGAACACGCCUAUGCUUCAGAGCUUCAUCAACUACUGCUUGCUGUUCCUGGUUUACACAGUGAUACUGGCGUUUCAGUCCGGAAGUGAUAACCUUCUGGAGAUUUUGAGAAGAAAAUGGUGGAAGUAUACUCUCUUGGGGCUUGCCGAUGUGGAAGCCAAUUAUCUGAUCGUCAGGGCGUACCAGUACACGACUCUGACCAGUGUCCAGCUCUUGGAUUGCUUUGGGAUUCCCGUGUUGAUGGCUCUCUCCUGGUUUAUUCUCCGGGCAAGAUACAAAGUGAUCCACUUCAUUGCCGUGUUUGUCUGUCUGCUGGGUGUAGGGACCAUGGUUGGUGCAGACAUAUUAGCCGGGCGAGAAGAUAAUUCAGGAAGUGAUGUUCUUAUUGGUGACAUCUUAGUCCUGCUUGGGGCUUCCCUGUAUGCUGUGUCUAACGUGUGUGAAGAAUACAUCGUGAAGAAGCUGAGCAGACAGGAAUUUUUAGGAAUGGUGGGACUAUUUGGAACAAUCAUCAGUGGCAUACAGCUAUUGAUUGUGGAAUAUAAAGACAUUGCCCGGAUUCAGUGGGACUGGAAAAUUGCCUUGUUAUUUGUGGCAUUUGCCCUCUGUAUGUUUUGCCUGUACAGCUUCAUGCCAUUGGUGAUUAAAGUCACUAGUGCCACUUCAGUCAACCUGGGCAUCCUGACAGCUGACCUCUACAGCCUUUUCUUUGGGCUUUUUCUAUUCGAGUAUAAGUUCUCAGGACUCUACAUCCUGUCGUUCACAGUCAUCAUGGUCGGCUUCAUCUUGUACUGUUCUACCCCAACGCGCACGGUAGAGCCAGCAGAAAGCAGCGUGCCUCCUGUCACCAGCAUCGGGAUCGACAAUCUGGGACUGAAGCUUGAGGAGAGCGGUCUCCCGGAGACCCACUCUGCAGUCUUGUAGCUGGACAAGCCACAGACUCUGGCGUGUCACCAGGAGAGAGCAGAGCCUGCCACUGCCAAGGGCGCAUCUGAGGAGACAUAAGCCUCAGAGGCGAAACCCACUGCAUUGGAUUACAUCCGUGGUUAGAUUGUAGAAAGGAGCACUGACCAGUGGUUCCAAACUAGAAAUACUAAAAUAGAGCAGAGAGCCCAAGGGUAGUGUUUCUGUGUGCUGAGUACCAGUAUCUGUCAGCGUUGGGUUUCAGAGACACAUGUAAGAAGAGAAGGGGCCCUGCUUCAGGGCUGUUUAGGUAGUGAGGAGUUGGGACAGUCUGGGAUGGUUGUGCAAUAAGAUUCCUCUAUUGGAAACUUUGUUUUCAUUCUGCUGGGGCAGUCACUGUCCAUGGCCCUUGUGGAAUUUAGACACCCAUGAUGGCUGGUCCCUGGUGGCAGGUGGUGGGGAAAAUGGGCGGGGCAGCACUCAAGAACUCCCAAGAUAAACUGUGACAACUUUGAAAGCGGCUAAUGAGUACAGGAAUCCAGGAAUCCUCUCCCAGUCGUGUCCCUUGAUGUUUCAUAACCAGUCGCUCCCCUCUCUCCCCUUGCUCAUCCCUAGCCACGUUUGCUCCUGCGUUCUGAGUUCUGGAGCAAACCGCCCUCAAAGCCUGCUACAUUGGGCAUCCCUCCCAUUCAGCCCCACACUAUACGCCGAGAGCAAAUACGCUCACAUUACCCUUUUAAAAAAUGUCCCCGGUGCCCGGGAAGAGUCGUCCCCACUGGCCUCACCUCACCAAGCCACGGUUUAGAAAAUUAACCUGCUGCAACUUCUCAUAGCAAGGCAAGAGCUUGAGAACUUGGUUACUGUCUCUGGUUUAAAAACAAAAAUGCAGUGCUAAUCUUUUCCCAUUGAAGCAAAGAACACUGGCCAAUGGUUCCACGCUAGAAAUCCUACAGUAGGUUGGUGCUGGGGUUCUGGAGUCCUGACUGUAAGAGGAGAGUGUCUUCCUUCUUCCCACAGGUUUACAAUGCUCGCAGGUUUGUGACAAUUCCCCAGCACGGUGUCAACAUGUAGCCUUAGCAUAACGUCAGCCACCAGAGUGCCACCUUCAGAAAACUCUAUGUAAAUUGUUUUUUGUAUAAGUAUAAUAAAGAAAUUUGGGGUAAGUGUUCGUAUUAUUAAAAGACUUUAAACUCAUG